AUGGGGGACUCAGGAUCCAGACGAUCGACUCUAGUAUCUCGGUUGCCAAUAUUCAGGAGAAGUAUUAGCCGGAGACACGACUCCCUUCCCUCUUCACCUUCUUCUGCUAAUGCCAUUGGUGUCCACGCCUCCCCAUCCAGCACUAACUCCAGCUCAGGGAGCACAGGCAAGCGCCGGAGUAUUUUCCGCACCCCUUCUAUUAGCUUCCAUAACAAGAAAGGGAGUGAGCAGAAGCCUGACUCGGCUAGUCAGAACAUUAGUAUCUCAAAUGGUGCCCAGUCUUCUCUCAGCACUUUUCAAAAACUGAGCUUAGAUGAACACAUUAAAAGCAGAGGAAGGCAUUCGGUUGGCUUUGGCAGCUCGCGUAGCAAGAAGAUAACAAGAUCUUUGACAGACGAUUUUGAAAAGGGAAAGGAGCCCUCAGCUAAUAAGAAUGUCUUCAUAAAUUGCAUAAGCUCUGGGAAGAAUGAGGGUGACGAUUCAGGCUUUGCAGAGGAGCAGAGCCGAUACUCUGUCAAACAAUCCACGCGAAAACUUCUCACUAAAUCUUUCUCAUCGCACUACAAAUUUUCCAAACCAGUUCCGGAGAGUCAGUCAGUUUCCUCUGUGCAGCAGUCCAGGUGCCUGCUGGAGGUUAAAUCGUAUGUGGAAAGUGAACCUGUGAUUGCCAAGUCCUCUCCUCCAUGUUCGGCCGAGACGACAGAGUGCAUGGGAAGCUCCUUGCAGUCCCCGCUGCUGUCAGCUGACCUCACGGCUGCCCAGACCCCCUCCGACUUUGUCGCCCUGACAGAGGAUUCUGUUUCAGAGGUUGAUGCUCUGCCCAGCAGUGGGACAGGGGCGCUGCUUGCAGAGGAUUUUGGCCACAAUGUCUCUACCUCUCCGAUCUUUAAUCCUGCUGCUGCUCCUGUAAGGGAAACGGAUAUUGUGGAAAGUACUGGCCGUUCUGCCGGCGUAUCUCCUGUGAGUCAUGCAAGCUCGUGUAGCGUUGAAUCUAAUACCUUAUUCAAAACCUCAGAUACUAAUCAAACAAAAGUAUUGUUGCAAGCCAAUGAACUACAUAUUAAUGAUGCCAGGCACAUAGGAGAAAUUGACUCAGCAAAUGCACAUUUAGAAACCAUUGUGUUACAACGCAGAGAAGAACCAGCAAUGCUCUCUCCAAAGGUGCAGGAGUUGAGUGGGGGCAGAGAUGAAAGUACGCCAUCCAAGCAUGCGAGAGAGACAAUUCCUGUAAUAGAGUCUAAGAUUGUUCCAUGUUCUGAACCUCAGCCCUUUAAAACACAACGGGGUUAUGAAACAAACCGUUCUAAAGCUGAUCUUGCCAAUAGCUUCAGUCCAUACCGAGAAGGCAGAUUUGUUGAGAAACGACUGAGAUCCUCUUCAGAAGGUACUGCUGGAGGCAGUCGGCUGAUCAUAAAACCAAAGGAUGGAAACACAGAAGAGCUUAACAGCCUACGGAAGCAGAGAGCAAGCUCAUCCUCUUCAAAAAUGAACAGCAUGUGCAAAGAGGGCCGUCUGAAACUUUGGGAAGACAUAAAAAAGGUAAAUGAUGGACAUGAAAAUAGUGAGAUACUAGCAAAAAAGAUAUUUGCAAACAGGGAAGGACUUGUGGGUGAUGUGACUGUUGGAGGCUGUCUUGGCUAUAGUGAUGGUGAAGUGAUAGAGUUUUUGAUUGUUGAACCCCCUGAGCUGAAAGACAGGGGUGGGGAGCAGAAUGAAGCCCCCAUAAUCCGAGAGGAAAUGGUUAGCCACCUGCUACACCACUUAGAUGCACACAAGUCUGGGGUGGGAUGGGAUUCACCCAAGGGGGAUGGGUUUCACCCAAGG